AUGUCUGGGGCGCAACACACCUACCCGUUCGACGGGCGUGGGGGGGAUCGCUUCGACGCCUUCUUUGGACUGCCCGCAGACCCCUCGACGUCGCCCUCCAGACCCAGACUGACUGGCCUCUCCCCACCAGCCUUCCCCGACUACUCGUCCACCGUCACUUCCGCCGCUCACUCCCUCUCCUCGGACAGUACCUUGGGUACCAACCUGGAUUCCCCGACACGGACCCCAGCUGCUCGCCCGAGUAUGCUGCAAAAGCCCAUAUUUCCCAUCCUCGAGAAUGCUGCCGGAGGUGCCACCGCCGACAACGUCGAGGAAAUGCAGAGCAACGAUCCUCUGGCCACCCAGAUAUGGAAGCUGUACUCGAAGCAGAAGUCGCAGCUCCCCAAUGCGGAGCGCAUGGAGAAUUUGACUUGGCGGAUGAUGGCCAUGAAGAUGCGCGAACGCAAUAAAGGGCAAGCCCAGAACAGCGAAAUGCGCCCGCCAUCAUCAACACCCCGCACCACCUUCACCACCCCUCCCAAGAGCGCACCGAGUGGAAUCGCGCAAUUGCGAAAGUCCGUGGACCAGCAAGCCCAGACGACGCGCCAGCCCGAUGCCAUGAAUCUCGACGACUUUAUCUUCCCCUCUUCCGUAGCUUCACCAGCCGGUCUGCCUCCCUCGCCGUCGAAUGAGGUGACACCCGCCGCUUCGAAUGCAACCGCGCCAGCGAUACCGAUAAGGAAGCCCAACCACUCCCACGACCAUGACUUUUCCCUCGCUCACGCCUCCGCUCCCCCUGUUCCUCCCGUCCAAAGGGAGCAAGAAUUCGGUUAUGUCCAGCGUCACGUUCGCAAGACCAGCAUUGACGAACGAAGGCCUCCCAAGCGGCGGGCAGAGACAUCGCCCCAAGUGCCCGCCGUCAACAGUAUCAUGAUACCCACCGACCCAGAGUCAGAGGCAGCGCUCCACUCGUACUCGCUCGAUCAAUCGAUGCCACCCCCCAACUUCCAAAACAGCCAGCCGCAAGUGCCUUAUACCAUUGACACCUUCCAGUUAAACGAAGACGCGGCCAUUACAUCCGCUGGCCCUUUCCAGCAGGAUUUCGGUUUCUCGCCCGUUGGCUCCCCUCUGAUCAACCAAAGCCAUGGCUUUAGCAGCAUGUAUAACCCGAACUCGAUCGCGUCGUCCCUGAACUCUACAGACUUCUAUUCUCCUCCUGGAUCCGCGUUCCAUUCCACCGUGUCCACACCGCAACCCAUCGCCGAAGACUCUACAAUGUACUUCGAUCGUAACGGGAUGGAUAUCCGUGGAGGUGGCGCUACAUAUGGCUCACAUCGACCGUCCAACCUAUCCAUGUCGAUGCAGCCGCAGUACGUCUUCAACCCAAAUGGCACGGGCGACUCCAUGUUCAGCGGUGUGGCAAAUGCAAACACGAGUGCAUCAUUUUCUGCGUCGAAUAUGCUUGCUCAACAAGGUCAUGUCAAUCCGUCCCAGGUGCUCCACAACAACCUGCCUUUCCGCCAGCAGGAGAAUCCUCCUGUGCCUCGACAUGAGAACAUGUUUACGUUCGGCGCCGAUUCUGACAAUGAGGAGGAAGACGGCGGCGCAUUCCCCGACAGGACCAUGCCGCCCCAGGCUGACUAUUCGCCCAUGGAGGAGUCGUCGCUGGAAUUCCCUUCCAGCUUCCAAUGGGAGACCAACCUCUCAAAUCAGUUCAACCCCACCCCAGCACGCUACCCAGCAGGACCUCCACGGAAAACCGUAACGAUUGGUGGCACUGAAAUGCUACCCUCACCGCAAGAUCACUGGAACCAGCUCGGAAGCCUUGGCCGGACGCAUGGUUCAGCUGCGUCUGUCAGCGAAAUACGGAAUCGUGGGAACGACCCCCGACGGCAAAAAAUACCCCGCACAGCCUCGACCCCCAACGCUGCUGCGCUCGCCCAGCAAGGCCUGCAUGGACGCCCGCAGUCGUCGGCAAGUACCCCUCCUGAAUCUGGCUUCAACUCCGCCGCGCCGUCCCGGCCACAAAGUCCUGGUGGAACCAAGCCGAGCGAGCAGAAUGCUCAACCGACCACUUGCACGAAUUGCUUUACUCAAACAACGCCGCUUUGGCGGCGCAAUCCGGAAGGCGCGCCUCUCUGCAAUGCAUGCGGCUUGUUCCUCAAGCUACAUGGUGUGGUGCGUCCGCUGUCGUUGAAGACGGAUGUGAUCAAGAAGCGGAAUCGUAACAACGGCUCCGGCGCCGUCGGUUCGACAUCUACGCGGUCAUCAAAGAAGUCAUCCAGGAAGAAUUCUCUGGCGCAAACCCCGGUUACUACGCCCACCUCUGGCAAGACCAGUCACGCGGACUCGGAGUCUCCCAAAUCGACAGGCUCAGUUAGUGUGGGACUUGCAAGUGCUCUUGCAGCGUCCGGUGCUGCAAAGAGCGGAGGCGUAGUUGCAAUCGCGCCUGGGCCUCCGAAAUCCCAACCCGCCACAACCGUCCAUGCCUCUCAGAAUCGCACACCAACAGCCUCUCUACCGAAACGCAACAGGGGCCAGAGCAAGAGCGGAGUUCCCGAGUUCGAGAUGGCCGAUGCCGAAGACACCAGUGGCAGGUUGUCGACGCCUGCCAGGAGCAAAGUGGACCCGAGGGUGCCAACAACCAACACCAACACUGUGCAGAACCUGAAUCUGGGCCCUCUCCCCAUGGGCGCAAUGGGGCAAGGUCUGCAGUCGGGCGGGCCCCAAGAGUGGGAGUGGUUGACGAUGAGUUUGUAG